GUCCGGGUUGGCGUUCGCCCCUCGCACGCCUUUCCCAACUGGGGCGCGGGCUGCGGGGAAGGUUUGGGUGGCAGUGACGGCGCGUUCUGCUUCCGGAUGGUUUCCGUUGCGUCAGCCGUUCCCGGCCGUGGCGACUGCGUGCUCGCACCGGGCACACUCCGGGAUCUUGUGACGGGCGACAGCGGAGAUAAACUCAGCUUUACGGAUAACUGGGAUGAUGAGGAGGAAGAGGAGGAAGCAAAGGAGGCGGAGACGAAACGAGAGCCAAAAGUGUCAGAAAAAAAGAAAAUAGCAGAAAAAAUAAAAGAAAAAGAAAAGCUACAGAAGAAAAAGCAAGAGGAGCUUAAAAAAAGGUUAGAGGCACCGGAGGAGCAGAGGGAGCUUACACCAGAAGAACAGUUAGCAGACAAGCUACGGCUAAAGAAACUGCAGGAGGAGUCGGACCUGGAGCUCGCAAAGGAAACGUUCGGUGUAAAUAGCACUUGUGGAAUAGAUGCCAUGAAUCCCUCUUCAAAAGAUGACUUCACGGAAUUUGGGAAACUGCUAAAAGAGAAAAUUACACAGUAUGAAAAAUCGUUACAUUACGCCAGCUUCUUGGAAGCGCUAGUCCGGGACGUGUGUAUCUCACUGGAAAUCGAUGAUUUGAAAAAGAUCACGAAUACCCUGACAGUUCUAUGCAGUGAAAAACAGAAACAGGAAAAGAAUAAAGCCAAAAAGAAGAAAAAAGGAGUUGUGCCUGGAGGCGGUUUAAAGGCUACUAUGAAAGAUGACCUGGCUGAUUAUGGAGGAUACGACGGAGAAUACGUACAAGACUUUGAAGACUUCAUGUGACAUUUCUCUCCCUUUCUGUUGUCUUUCUGUUGCCCAUAAUCCCUUAAACAUGUAGCACAACUCUUCUUCCUUUAAAUUCUGCCAAAUGCUACAAUCAGAA